UCCCGCCUUCCUCGACGAACCAAAGAGAGGAAACAACUCUAUUCAGCCCUACCAUCCGCCGUUCCCCACCCCCCCCCCUCGUGCUUCUCCGUGUGCCUGUCUGUCUGGCAGGCGGCUCCGCCAAGUCUUUUCCACGCCAUCGCGGAGUUUUUGGGAGGCAAGCACGGAGCAGAUCGGAGGUUUGGUCUCGGUCAAUGUGGGAGCCGAACUCCGCGCUGUCAGGAUCGUUUACUAAAGACAGCAAUGGAACGAUUUGAUGUAAAGCCACCUCCUUCCCGGAGCCGUUCAAAGACUGCUUUAUAUGUGACCCCUCAGGAUCGUGUGACUGAAUUUGGCAGCGAACUGUAUGAAGACGGGGGAAAACUCUAUUGCAGUUUUUGCAAUGUAGUCCUGAAUCAUGUCCGCAAAUCUGCAAUCAAUGAUCAUCUCAAAUCCAAGACACACACCAAACGUAAGGGAGAGUUCGAAGAGCAAAGUGUCAGAAAGAAACCACGGACCCUGACUGCCUCUCUGCAGUGCAACAGCGCAACCCAGACAGAGAAACCCAGUGUAGUCCAGGACUUUGUAAAAAUGUUUCUGGAAGCUAGCAUUCCUCUUGAGAAGGCUGAUCACCCUGCUGUACGAGCAUUUCUCUCUCGCCAUGUGAAGAAUGGGAACUCCAUACCCAAGGCCGACCAGUUGAGGAAAAUCUAUUUGUCUGACGGGUUUACAAACCAGCUUAUUAAAUCUGAAGAACACUGAGAGGAAAGCCGCUUGGUUCUAGGUGUCAAGUGUUACAAUUGCAUAGCAGUGAUGUGGUUUAUUUUUAUAUUCAUGCACCUGCAAUAGGUUUUGUAUUGUAAAAUGACAAUCUGUCUCGGAAUGCAGUGGUGUACAACCAAGAGUUGAUGGCUAUAGAAUAAGAGCUUAGCACUGCUGAACUUUUGGGGGAGGGGGGGCAGGAAGUGGCAAGUAGGUGCCAUAUUGCUUAGUUUGUAAUCCCAGUCCUUAAUACCGUAGAAAACUUCCUCCAAUGAGUUUCUUUUACAGUAUAUUUGUAAGUGAACAAAUUAGGUAUGGUUACCCCCAAGUGUUUAAUUUAGGGCUUUAGUACUAAAGGUGUCGUAUAUGUGUCUUAUUUAUUAGGCCCAUGUUCUUUGUAUAAAUUUAUCUUCAAUUUAACUGUAUUUAGAGUUUUUGCCGUAUUCUUAAACUUUGAUUUCCAGUGCCAUUGUCACAGUUCUGCUGUGCAAACAGCUAUUCAAAGCUUGCUUUUUUAUUUGAUUCUCUGUAAUUCCAUACAGCAUAAAGUAAUUCACUCUUUCAAAACCCACGUAAGUGCCAAUGCACUUUACAUUGAAGGCAAAGCAUAGCACCUGCAUUUAGAUUUUUAUUUUCAUAGUCCUCCGUUUGGAUAUACCGGUAAAUGGACUUCCUGAAAGCAAAAAUGUAUGAGGCACUUGGCAGGAGUAAAGAAUGGUUUUGCAAGAUUUUAAUUAUACUACAAUUAAUCAGAAGAAGUUGUAGACUCUGAGAACAGUAUUAUAUACUGUAAGCAGUUACUUAUCAGUGGCAGGGGUUUGCAAAUAAUGCCUCUCUCAAAUGUUAUUUUCUGACAUACUAUUUCUAUUUCUAAAAAUUAUGAAAUAGAAUUGUCCUGAAUAUUUUUAAUCCAUUUGAAUACACUGUAUGUUUGAACAUUGCUUCAGUUUGGAUCUGUGUAAAUACCAUGUCUGAAACAGAUUUGCUGAUACCUUUACUUAAAUACAUGUUUCCUUUUCUUGUUUGAAAUUCUUUGCUGGGAGCAUAUGAUUAUUGAUAAUUUAACUCUUGAUUAAAAUGUUCUUCAUGUGUUACUUAGCUGCAAAGUAUAAUUUUGCCCAAGUUAAGUAUGGUUGAUUUAAAUAGUGCUUAAAUCCUAAUGAUUUAGAUUAUUAUAUAACACCUGUUCUAUUUUGUUUUUAAAAAGUUAAUGUUCCUUAGAUCAUGCCCCAGUUAAUUAACUCUUUACUUUCUAGUAAAUUAGCAAAAGAAUCAGAGCAGUUUCUUAUGACUGGUAUGCUUACAAGUACUAAAAUGAAAUGCGCACUCCAUUCGAGUGAAGAAAAAUACAAUGGAACUUUUCACUAUUGAGAUCCGAUUUGAAUUAGAUCAUGCAUUAUUGUCUUAGCCUUGCAUAUUUAUCUUUGAAUUCAAAUUGAUAGACAGCAAGCUAGGCUGCUAUACUGUUGCACAUUUGAAAUGUCCAUCAAGUUCAUAACAAAGCUUACAAUUAAUAAAGGUCUAAGCUCUG